AUGGAACAUAGUAUUUAUUUUAGUAAUGAUAGUGCAAACGAUGAUAUUUCAACAGCUUUAGCAGAGCUAAAUGAUACAUUUUUUGUUGAAGAUUCAAGCUCUGAAAGUGAACUAAUUAUAUCAGAUAAUGAAAUUAAAUUAGAAUCUGAUAAUGAUAAAAGCUUUAAUAGCUCUAAUAAAAUAUAUCUAAAUAGUUUUGAAUAUAUAGAUAACCCUGAUAAUUAUAUUGUAAACAAAGCUUAUAAUGACUUAAAAUUAAAAGUAAAACAUUUUUUAAAAAUGGAAAAUGUACAUGUCACUCUAA